AUGCCAAGACGACUCAGCCCAGGCGCCGUCCUGGCGCUGUUGACAGCAGCGUUGCUGAACUCGGUCCAGGCCGGCGGCUACCAGAGACCGCCGUGGCAGCAGACGUCGUCGUCGCCUCCGAACGCCGUCGGCAUCGAGCCCAAGCUGACCAAGGCGUUCGUCGUGCACGUGCCCAUCCCGGCGCAGUACACCGUCGCGAGCGGCGGUAACCACCAGACUAGGCCUAACGGGCCCAUGCCGGCACCGCCAGUGCCGUUCCGGUCCGCAGCGCCGCAGCAGGUCUCUCCCAAGUCCCAACAACCAGCCGAGCUGGAUCAGCAGCACGAGCUCAAGAAGCUGGUGAUCCUGCUGAGAAUUCCGCAAGAACAACCCCUUCAAUCCCUAGACAAGUCCCCACAGCCACCGACGCCGCCCGACAAGACCAGUUACAACUUACAAGUGGACAAGCAGCUUCCUAUUAUCCUGAUUGCUUUGGACAAGCCGCUACCACCGCAUGCAAAAGUACAGUCAGUGACAACCUGGAAGGAACCUAUUCAGCCUUUAAAUUCUCCCAAAGAAGACAGAUCCAGCAGCAGCAAAGAGUGGCAGCCCAUCAAUCCGCCUCAACGGUCUCAACCAAGCCCACAGCAGCAUCAGCAACAGCAGCAGCAGCAACAGCAGCAGCAGCAGCAGCAGCCACAGCAGCAACAGCAGAAGUCUUGGUCAUCGUGGAACAAGGACUCGGGUCAACGGAACUCGUGGAACAGGGAUCAAGGCCCUUGGAAAUCGGUCUCGGGAGCGGCGAACGUGCAAGGACAGCAGGAUGGUAAAGAGGCCAAAAUACUGCUUCUUCUAGUGCACGACAAUGGUCAGGGGAAGGGCUGGCAGCAACCACCAAGACAGAACGUCCAGAACGAACAAACGAACUACUGGAGGCCUAGCAAUCCACCACAACCCUCUCGGCAGCAGAACUACCAACAACAAUACAAUCACCAACAGCAUAGUCAUCAAGAGCAUAAUCAGCACCAUCAGAACCACCACCGGCCGCAAGACGUCGAAGAGAAAAGCUGGAGGUCCGUGGCGCCAUCCCUCGCCUGGAGCGCGGCAUCACCGCAACAACGAAACUGGCAGUACCAAGACCCGUUGCCGUACCACCAACCACGGUCGCCCAGUGCCUCGCAAGCUCACUACUACGUGCAGAGGAAGGAUGGCUUCACGGAUCGCUUCACUGUGCACUACUGAGGCUCCAACACUUAUCGAUUCACAAAGUGGCCAUCUUGGUACGCCCGACCGAAAGCCCAUAAGCUGCAAGUGGCUUCGUAUCCUUCCGCACAUCAAAGGUGUGGAGGUGCGGACAAACUCUUAUGCCCAUGGCGACGUAAGGGUGACCCGGCACGGACCAAUAUGACGUUUCUCUUGUCGUUUUCUUUGUGUGCUUCAGACCAGUGGAUAAGGACGCAGAGCAAAAUAAACAAGGACUAGUAGAAGGAAAACCUCUGUCCGGUCUUCCUCUGCUAGCCCCUGCCAUUUUGCACAGUACAUCCGAAUAUGUGUAACCAACUAGCCCACCGGUUGAUUUUGAUUGGGUAAAGAGAAUUUUCAGAGAUCGAAUCUAUAUCUCCGUUGCAAAUGAAGGUCUGGAACGAUUAAUGAACGGGCAGAAGAUGUUUAGUGCUAAUAAAUAGAAGCGAAUAUAAGAAUCUUUAGGGCUCCAACGUACACGUACCUGUGCCGUUCUCAUGUAUAACGGCAGCUGCCACAUCUGUUCGAUGGGCUUUUGGAAGAUCUUGGAAAGACACGAACUUUUGUAUAUAAACUCCACCGACGGAACCAUAGCGUAACAUCAUUUACCAUAUGCGAGGACGCUGGUGUGCAUCUGAUAAACUGUGGAACAGAGGUAUGUAUUGCCAAGGACGAACUGUUCACUGACCUCAAUCAAUCUUCUUACGUUAAAAGCGGCAGUUCAGCUUUGGUAUAGGAAAACGAUCAAACAGGUUCUGAGUCAUGUACGAUUGUAGCGCAACAUAUCCUUCUAUAGUAACGUGCAAACAGUGAAUACUGAAUGUUACCUAUAGCGGGGUACAAAUUCACGGGUCCACAAGCUGAUUCUGAUUUUGUUUUUACUCUGAAAAACAAAUGUUGGAGUGCCGAAAAAAAAAGGAUUCUACGAAAAUGUUCAUACCCUCCAUCACCAUGUUAUCAGUCGCACGUGCGUUUGUCGCUUCAUUCUAAUAAAGUUGUACCAAGCAA